AUGAAGUGGCCGAAGUUUCCAAACCCAGGGCUGGACAACAGGAUCCCCUCUCAUGGAGACCUGGAGAGGAUGGAAAAGGAGGAGGCCGGAGACAGGCCCCAGUGGGACAACAAAGCCCAGUAUCUGCUCACCUGUGUGGGCUUCUGUGUGGGACUAGGCAACGUGUGGAGGUUUCCUUACUUAUGUCAAAGCCAUGGAGGAGGAGCGUUUAUGAUCCCGUUUCUCAUCCUCCUGGUCCUGGAGGGAAUCCCGCUGCUGCACCUGGAGUUUGCUAUCGGCCAGCGCCUGAGGAAAGGCAGCGUGGGAGUGUGGAGAUCAAUCAACCCCUACCUGACAGGAGUCGGUAUUGCGUCCCUGUUUGUGUCAUUUUUGGUGGGCAUGUACUACAACACCAUCAUGGCUUGGAUCAUGUGGUACCUCUUCAACUCAUUCCAGAAUCCUCUGCCCUGGAGUCAAUGUCCUCUAAACGCUAACAGGACAGGUGUGGUUGAUGAGUGUGCUCGGAGCAGUACCGUGGACUACUUCUGGUACAGAGAGACCCUGAACACAUCAACUGCUAUCGAUGAUGCUGGAGGUCUGCAGUGGUGGAUGGUCAUGGCUCUGGUGGCGGCCUGGACUGUGCUAUACGUCUGCUGCAUUCGAGGAAUCGAGACCACCGGCAAGGCUGUGUAUAUCACAUCUACUCUACCAUACCUUGUCCUCACCAUCUUCCUCAUCAGAGGACUCACUCUGAAAGGCUCCGUAGAAGGAAUCAAGUUCCUCUUCACACCAGAUGUGAAUGAAUUAAUGAAUCCAGCGACAUGGUUGGAUGCAGGUGCUCAGGUGUUCUACUCCUUCUCUUUAGCUUUUGGAGGUCUCAUCUCCUUCUCCAGCUAUAACUCUGUACACAACAACUGUGAGAUGGAUGCUGUUCUCAUCUCCAUCAUCAACGGCUGCACUUCAGUGUACUCAGCCACUGUUAUCUACUCCAUCAUCGGGUUCAGGGCUACCCAAAACUUUGACGCCUGCAUGUCAGACAACAUAAUUAAGCUGAUGAAUGCCUUCAAUCUACCUGAAAAGAACAUCACAGACAGCAACUAUGAAGACAUGCUGAACCACUACAACCAGACAAAUCCUGAUAUCAUACUGGGGUUGGAUUUAAAGACCUGUGACAUGCAGGUGUACCUCAGCCAGGGCGUGGAGGGGACAGGUCUGGCCUUCAUCGUGUUUACUGAGGCCAUCAUCAAGAUGCCCAUCUCUCCUCUCUGGGCCGUCCUCUUCUUCAUCAUGCUUUUCUGCCUUGGCCUCUCAACUAUGUUUGGGAACAUUGAGGGAGUGGUGGUUCCUCUGCAGGACCUCAAUAUUUUGCCCAAAACUUGGCCUAAAGAAAUCUUCUGUGGUCUGACUUGCCUGGUCUCAUUUGGUCUUGGGCUCAUAUUUGCUCUCCGUUCUGGAAACUACUGGUUGGCACUUUUUGACAACUUUGCCGGGUCUAUCCCUCUUCUGGUCAUUGGAUUCUGUGAAAUGGUUGCUGUUAUCUACAUCUAUGGUAUAGAUAGAUUUAACAAGGACAUUGAGUUUAUGGUCGGCCACAGGCCCAAUAUUUUCUGGCAGGCGACAUGGAGAGUGAUAAGUCCACUCAUUAUGAUUUUCAUCCUGAUUUUCUACUUCGUAACCCAAGUCACCAAAAGCCUCACCUAUCUGGUCUGGGAUUCCGAGUCGGAGAGUUUUCCCACCCUCGAAAACCGUGAAUAUCCUCCCUGGAUCUACGUCAUCAUCUUCAUCUUGGCUGGAUUUCCCAGUUUAUCCAUUCCAGUGGUCGCAAUCUUCAAGUUCAUCCAAAAGAAAUGCUGCAAGCACAACGACCACAGCGGCGACUCAGUGGAAUCAAUCUCUGCCAAAAUACAAAUGAGCGACAAAAUUAAGUUUUAA